AUGGGUAGUAAAAAUAAAGUAAAGAUAGAAUAUUAUAAAAAUGAUAAUAAAAACCCACAGUCCUCUCUCAUUUCCUGUCUCUCAUCGAGAAUACUCCUUCAAUUUCACUCCCAAACCUUCCUUCUUAACAACACCUUCACUUUCAUCGAAGCGUUUCUCAAUCUCAGCAGCUAUGGCUAAGGAAGCUCUGGUACCGAUUGCCAACGGAACGGAGCCGAUUGAGGCGGCGAUGAUAAUAGAUAUCCUCCGUCGAGCUGAAGCUAAUGUCACCGUGGCUUCGGUGGAGAAGCAGCUUCUGGUGAAUGCUUGUCACGGUGUCAACAUCGUAGCUGAUGCUUUGAUUACAGACUGUGCUAAUACUACUUUCGAUCUCAUCGCCUUACCUGGAGGAUUGCCUGGUGCAUCCACUCUUAAAGAAUGUGCAACUUUGGAAAGUAUUGUCAAGAAACAGGCUGCGGAGGGUCGACUUUAUGCGGCCAUUUGUGCGAGUCCAGCUGUUGCUUUUGGAUCAUGGGGAGUGCUCAAGGGGCUCAAAGCUACUUGUUAUCCGUCAUUUAUGGAGCAGUUAUCUUCCACUGCAACUACGGUGGAAUCACGAGUCCAACAGGAUGGCAGAGCAAUAACAAGUCGUGGUCCAGGCACCACUAUGGAGUUCUCUGUUGCACUAGUUGAGCAGUUGUUUGGAAAAGACAAAGCAGAUAGUGUUACUGGGCCUCUAGUGAUGCGUUCCAAUCCUGGGGAUGAAUAUACUAUUGCUGAGCUAAACACAGUCAAGUGGAUAUCUAGUGAUCCUCCCAAGGUUCUUGUCCCAAUUGCUAAUGGGUCAGAGGAAAUGGAAGCUAUUUCAAUCAUCGAUGUUCUGCGGCGAGCAAAGGCUGAGGUUAUAGUAGCAUCUGUCGAAGACACUCUAGAGACUGUAGCUACUCGUAAAUUGAAGAUAGUAGCAGACAUGCUCAUUGAUGAGGCUUCUAAGCUAUCGUAUGACUUAAUUGUAUUACCAGGUGGGCUUCCAGGUGCCCAAAAGUUUGCUAGCUCAGAAACUCUAGUUGAAUUGCUUAAGAAGCAGAAAUCGUCUGGAAAACCCUACGGAGCUAUAUGUGCGUCCCCUGCUCUGGUUCUGGAGCCCCAUGGCUUGCUUGAGGGUAAGAAGGCUACUGCAUUUCCGUCAUUGUGUGAAAAGCUGUCAGAUCAAAGUUUAAUAGAUAAGAGGAUUGUGGUUGAUGGCAAUGUCAUAACUAGCAAAGGCCCAGGCUCUGCCUUGGAAUUCUCACUCGCCAUUGUGGAAAAGCUGUUUGGUCGCCAGAAAGCACUAGAAUUAGGUAAAACUAUGCUUGUUUGAUAAUGUCUGUUAGGGUAGAUCUUACCUUGUAAUAAAAUAAAUUCUAGACUUGUUUGUGUUAAACUCUUCAGCAAGUUCCGGGCGUGGGAACUGAAUUUGAGUCUUUAAUACUACACCCUGAGAUCCUUUUAAUGA